UUACGAAACCGGGCCCCUGCUCCAUUCGCUUGUAGUAUCUUCUAAAGAACUGGAUUACAAUUUUUGAAUCUCUCUUUACGGAGAUGAGCCGCCUACCUUCGGGAUGACAUCAGCGGCGAGAUUUUUAGAUUCAAGCGAGUCAAUUUAGCAAUCCAGCUCUGAGUAAUCUAAUGCUUGUUGGAAGAUGAUGGGCUAGCACUACCCUCACUCUGCCUGCUGAUAAGUGUCUCAGUCAUCUGAUCCUUGCCGUAUGUGAGAACUAGUGAGCGCUAAUCGCUUGAACAAAUAGCAUCGUUUACGAUUUCACGAUGGCGGCUGCCCUUCGGUUUUUGCUGCUCACUAUCUGCUGCUGUUACAUCUCAUCAAGUGAAGCGAAUAAUCCGGUGACGAAGUUCCACUACGACUACAGCCGCAUACAGGAAACGGAUCAGGCGUGGAAGUGCUGGAAGGAAGGCUACCGACCUGCGCCCGCAACCUCGAACAAAAUUCACGAAUCUGGCAAUGGAACAGCGGCGGACAUUGAGCGUAUCUUGCGAUUCGAUCAAUCCAACACCGUCCUGUUCCUGUUCGCCAGCAAUUCGGACAAUCUUAACCUUCACACAGCAUUCCAAAUCGUGCCGAACAAACUCGUCCGCCUGUCGUUGGACAAUGCGGGAUUGGAGCGAUUGGAGCUUGCUUUCACCGGUCGCGAUAACGAUUGCCGUUUGGCUGAGCUGUCAGUGCCUCGCAAUAGGCUGAGUGUUCUUCCGGCCGGAGUAGAGCGGCUAACCGCCUUAAGAAAGCUUGAUUUUAGCUACAAUCUGUUGGAGGAGUUCAGCUUGGAUCGCUUGGUGAAUGCGCCUGGGCUGAAGCAACUUCUGCUAGCUCACAACCGUCUGGAGAGCUUCGGUGCAUCAUCAGUGCAGGCAAGCUUUGCCUCGCUGCAUAAGCUCGAUUUAUCGAACAAUCGGCUAAGGACGCUCGAUUCGACGUACUGGAGUAUGCCACUGCUGGACACGUUCCAUGUCGAUAAUAAUCGUCACCUGACGACGAUUGGUGGUUGGACGCGUACCAGAUUUCCGCUGGUGAAAGGAUUCGAUCCAGCCGGUACGAACAACUGGAACCAAACGUGGCUAAAGUCGGUACAGUAGAGGUGAGGCUAAUCCAUCAUGAAAUUCGAAGAAAAAAAAACUAUUGCAGCAGAUAAGCAGCAGCAAAGUUCUUGGAACUUUUAACCAGCUUUUAAGCAGCUUUCGAGCGUCAAAGUGAAUCUUUGUAAUAGAAAUAGAAAAUCUUUUUUUAUGUCGAUCCAAUCAUCCUUUGGUGUGUGUGCGUCCAGGACACAAAACUCACCCCAUGACCAGCAUUAUCUUUAUAAUCGCCGUCUCAUAAAGGGUUUUUUUCUGAGAGGGAAUGCUGUAUAAAUUACUCGAUAUUAACAAGAAGUGACUCUUGUGUUCGUGUCACGUGGCCAUGAUGCUGGCAGAAAAUCGUGGAAGUGCAAUUAAGGAAUUCUCUUCAAAGUGCAUUAAGGAAUGAUCCGUGUUUGAAAUUUGAUUGAAAAAUUGUGUACAACUUGUAGAAGUUUUAUGUCAAAUAAAUUGUUUUAAUCACUCGCACUA